GCCUUCGAAGGAAAGCUAAGAAAAGCAAGCAAUCAAAGCAACUUGUCUACAGCGAGACACCAACUACAAGGCAUCAUGAAGACUCUGGCUCUCCUCUCCAUCUGUGCUCUGCUGUCUGUGUGCUGGUCCAUGGGAGCGGUUGAACCGGAGGUUGUCGUGGACCCUGCUGCCGACACAGCUGCCGAAGCUGCACCUGCUGACCCCGCGGCUGCUGACCCAGCGGCCCCCGAUGCCUCAUCUUCAUCCUCAUCCUCUUCCUCCAGCUCCGAAUCUGAUUCAUCCUCUGCAUCUGACUCCAACUCUUCCUCGGACUCUUCAGCAUCUGACUCCAACUCCAGCUCUGAUUCCAACUCCAGCUCUGAUUCCAACUCCAGCUCUGAUUCCUCAUCGUCCUCUUCCUCCUCAUCCUCUUCAUCCUCUUCAUCUGAAUCUUCUGAGUCUUCUGAGUCUUCUGAGUCUUCUGAAUCUUCUUCCUCUGAGUCCUCCUCCUCUUCCUCAUCCUCCUCUUCUGAGUCCAACUCCGCCUCCGACUCUUCUGCCUCUGAUUCUUCCUCUUCUUCCUCAUCCUCCUCCUCGUCUUCAUCAGAGUCAGCUAGCACUGAGGCAGCUCAGGUGGUUGUGAAGAGAGACCUGGCUUCUGUUCUCCUGAGGAGAAGAAGAGCUGCCCCAGCAGGAGACCUCACCCCUCUGCAGAUGGAAAGCCUGAGAGAGGUGUGUGAGUUGAGCAUCGCCUGUGACGAGAUGGCUGAAACUGCAGGCAUCGUCGCCGCAUACACUGCCCACUAUGGACCCGUCCCCUUCUAAGUUAAAGACUCAUCUUUCAUCCACAUGGGAACUGUUUUCUUUUUCUCAUUUUGUAGUAGAACAACUCCCCUGAAUUCAUCUAAAGGAGCAGACAGUCACCAAAAAAAGAAAGAAAAUUGGCCCAUGUUAUGAUGCUAGAUCGAGAUUUUUUUUUUUAGGCACAAUUUCUUGCACAAGUGACCAGCUUUAGUGGUCUUAUAUGAAAAGGCCUCCUCCAGGCUUUCAGAGAGAGGCACAUGGAAACACAAGCCUGUGAAGUAUGUAGUAGCCCACACAAGAUUAAAUUAUUCUUCACGUCUAUAGUAUAAUAAAAUGAAUGGUGCUACAAGUGCAAAUGUAUUUUAUGUUAAUGUAUUGAUGUUUUUAUUUUGUGCUUUAGUCUUACUUUAACUAGAAGUAGUAGUUCUAGUAAGUAGUGGAUGGAGUAAUGAGAUCUUAGAGAUACUGUAGUUUUAGUAGUAGCGUAUUGAUAGUGGUAGUGGUAGUGUACAGUGUGUGUAAGAUGCACAUCAGUUAACUGUAAUGACUGUAACCACAAAUUGCCUCUGGGUUUU